GUUGUGCUCUGGUCUGCCAACAGCCAUUUGCCUCCCUAUGGACCCACCUUCACUAGCUACAAUCUGUGGAAUCUCUUGCUGCCUACCUGCCUUGGACACUGCUGUUCUCUGGAUCGUUACUGCAAACUGUUUUCUGCACCUUGCAGCUUGCAUGACUGAAACCUGCCUUAGAGUCCCUCAGCUGCACAUCCUCCCAUGUGCUUGGUGAGGACUUCUGCAGCAGAACUUCUGACCCAGACAAGGAUGGGAUUUACAGGGCAAAGUCAAAAGUGAGCUGCAUUCAGCGAGAUGCCCAACUCCUCUUCCUGGAGUGCUAGCUCGCCUCUGCUGCUGCUCUGGGAGGACUCCUCCGGGACCCGCAUCUUUCUCUCGCUGCUCUACGCAGUCUUAGCUAUCUCAGGGACUUUAUCCAAUGUGAUGGUCAUCUAUUUAGUCUUCUCCUUCAAGAAGCUGCAGACAACCAGCAAUGCCUUCAUCGUGAACGGCUGUGCGGCAGACCUAAGCGUGUGCGCCCUGUGGAUGCCCCAGGAGGCUGUGCUGGGGCUGCUGCCUCCCAAUUCCUCCUCCCUUCGCUCGGCGGAGUACCGGCUGCUCCGAGGGGGGCUCCUGGGCCUCGGCCUCACCGUCUCGCUGGCCUCGCACCUGCUGGUGGCCUUCAACAGGUACGUGCUCAUCACCAAGCUGCCCAGCGUGUACCAGGCCCUCUACCAGCGGAAGCACACGGGCUGCAUGAUCGGGCUCUCUUGGGCCCUCGCCCUGCUCCCGGUCCCGCUGUUGCCCGGGCUCUGGACCCUGGGCUCGGCCCAGUCGGACGGCAGCUCUCGCUACACCGCCCUGCUCCUCGCCCUGGCCGUGCUGGGCCAGACGGCGCUGCUGCUGCACUGCUACCUCGGCAUCGUGCGGCGGGUGCGGGGUAGCGCCAAGCGGGUCAGCGUCCUCAACUUCCACCUGCUCCACCAGCUGCCCUUCCCCGCCGCCCCGCCGCCGCCCCGCCGCGCCCAGCGCCGCCUCAGCAGCGUCUCCGUCCUGCUGCUCUGCUGCGUGUUCCUGCUGGGCACCCAGCCCCUGGUGUGGGUGAGCCUCCUGGGCUUCUUCCUGCGCCCGGCGCCGCCGGCGCUGCAGGCCGCCAGCUGGCUGCUGCUCUGCUCGCUCUCGGCGCUCAACCCGCUGCUCUACACGUGGCGCAGCGAGGAGUUCCGCCGGGCCGCCCGCUCCGUGCUGCCCCGCGCCGAGGCUGCCGCGCCGCCGGGGCACGGCCACGGCCACGGGGAGCGGCGCCAGCGCCGCGGCCGCGCCGCGCUGAGGGACCCGCGCGGGAACCGCUGA